AUGUACGUGGAACAACUGCGGCGCGGAAUUGAAGAGCAGGAGCGGCGUGUGUCGGCUCUGCGGCAAGAGAAACAAUACCGCGACGCUCUUCUUAGUGAAGUUCGGGGGUUAAUUAACCACGUGGAGCCCCAUUUGUUUCAUGAGCUCAAUUCUGACACGCAGGAACUCCUGCACACGCUCGAGAAUAAUGUGUCGGUGUGUGGGCCGCCGACGAAUACCCUCAGAGGCUCCGGCCCACACGACUUGGAUUCAUCCACGAUCCCUCUGUUUAGCAAAGAAAUGGAGGAGCGCAUCAUGCAGAUCGAGGAGCAACCGCCACACAGGGAGCGGCGUCCAAGACACCAACGGCAUGGCGAAAGGAAGAAGAAAAAGGGGAAGCGGGGAGCAACGCGGCGAAUGGAAACAUCUCCUUUGGCUUUAACUGAAUUAGAGAUCAAAAAAAGGGAAGCGCUUAUGGCUGCCUUAGAAUCCCUACAGUUGGAAUCCUUUGAGACUUUGCCUGCAGAGAAGGGCGUGCUGCUGUGGCUGUCGGAUGCUGAGACACUGCAUCAGCAAAGGAAUGUGGAGGAGGUGGCGCAGGGUGAGUGGGUGGGAGAAGAGAUGCAGACGUACUACUCCGAUGAUUUUGAAGAAUUGACGGAUGUGGAGAGAUGA